GGUGCAGCGAGUUUUUGUUCCCGCCAAAACCCAUCCCAAAUGGUGAUAUUGGACGGCACCGCAAUGUUGCAAGUUGGAAAUAAUCAAUACCUUCAGCCGGAUUACCUUUCUCCGCUGCCGACGACGCUGGACGCCAAGAAGAGCCCAUUGGCGUUGUUGGCGCAAACGUGCAGCCAGAUCGGAGCGGAUCCGGGAAACAUUACCGUAAAGUCGCUCGUUUCACCGUCGGACAAAAACAAAAAAUCAUCAUCCUCGAAUGGUGGCGGCGGCAGCAGUUCCACGAGCAGCAGCUCGUCGUCCUCGUCCGGCAGCAACUCGUCCGCAUCCUCCCAGGUCGAUCCGACGUCCCACUCAUCGGCGUCUCGAUCACCGUCGUCGGUGAAGACGGAAAAGUCGGACGGUUCGCCGGAGAUCAAGCUCGCCUUCAAGCCGUACGAGAUGAACGUGCUGACCACGAAAGUGAACCUUAGCAAACCGUCAUCGUCCGGAGACGAGCGGCCCUCGUCCAAGAUGAGCAGUGGAAGUGACGUGUUGAACAACAACAGUGUGAGCCAAAUCAAUAACAACAGCAGCGGCGUUGGUGGUGGCCACAGUGAUGGAAGUCGCCGCGGGGAGGGUGGUGGUCGGGCACUUUCCCCACGUGGAAGUGCCGAUUCACCGAUGUCUUCCUCCGGUCGCGGGGGUGGCAGUGCCAGUGUGAGAAGCAAUGAGAGUGGUGGUGAGCACGGUGGCAGCCACAAAUGUGGCACACCGGAAGCUAAUCGGCGGGCUUCGUCCGCCGGCAUGCCCAGUGAUCGUGACAACAAAGUGAGUGCGAUGGGGGGUGGUGGAUCUGUGGCGGGACCCUCGAGCAGUCCAUCGGCAGCGAUGAUGGCACUGCACAAGGAGCAACAACACCCGGGGCAGUUGGGACCGUCGGCAUAUAAGGCCAGCGCGUACGGCAUGAGUGCGGCCGGGUUGCCGAGUCCGUCGGGAAUCGAUCAUACGAAUCCCGCCUUCCGGCCACCGUUCGCCGGAGCGUUCAGUCAUCACCAUGCGGCCAUGCUGGCAGCGGCCGGUUACUCGGGAGCGGCCGCGGCAGCCGCAGCGGCCAGUGCCGCCGGAGCCAAUCCAUACCUCAGCUACACGCGUGUCAAGACACCAUCCGGUGGUGAAACGUUGGUUCCGAUCUGCAAGGAUCCGUACUGUACCGGGUGCCAGUUUUCGGCCCACAAUCACCAGAUGCUGAUGGGUAGCCAGUGUCCGGCCGGAUGUACCCAGUGCGAUCACCAGAAGUACAUGGCGAUGGCGCUUGGUUCGAUGCCACCGUCCGCCUACCCCGGAUAUCCGCCACCAUCGUCGGCGGCCGCUGCAGCAGCUGCAGCCGCCGCAGCCGCAGCUGCUGCGGUCAAUUCCGGUGGCUCACAGCCACCGGGCAGUGCCGGUGGACGGCCGUACAUGUGCAACUGGGUCGUCGGAGAUUCGUACUGCGGCAAACGGUUCAACACCACCGACGAACUGUUGUCCCAUCUACGCACACACACGGCCAACCUGUCCGAUCCGGCGGCACUUGCCCUGCAGCAGCAGUUGAUGCCGUUGAGUGGCAUUUUCCCGCCGACAUCUCUACACCAUCACCACCGAGGCUAUCCCAAUCCGCCGUUGAGCCCGCUUUCGGCUGCCCGGUACCAUCCGUACGUCAAACCCGGAGCUAUCCCGACGGCCCUGCCUGGUUCCCCGUACAGUGCGGCGGCUGCAGCGGCAGCCGCUUUCAACCCUGCGGCCGCCUUCGGUCAGUACUACUCACCGUACGCGGCGGCUCUUUACGGCCAACGCAUGGGAGCAGCAGUUCAUCAGUAGGCGGCGGGAGUUCGGCAAAGAUCAUGGUCGUCAUGGUGAUGAAACUGUCUUGCUGCUGAGUGGCAUCAAACAAGCGACACCACUACAGCCAGGACGAAGGAAGAAGGACUACUACAGCUGCUGAUGUUGCUGACCUGUUGAAAGGAGUCAAGGCAGAACCGAAGAGGGUGUCCAAUCGUGUUUGUUCUAUCAACUGUGAUAUUAAGAUUAUUCUUCAAACGAAAGAGGGGUCGGGCGAAAGGAAACCAGAGAGAGAGAGAGAGAGAGAGAACGUGCACACGCGGACAUAUAAUGAAGCCGAAGUGCUGAUGCUGUUGAUGCUGCUGUUAGAACAUGCUCCUUGUAGAAAGCGUGAGUGAUGACGGGCGUGUAGGGAGAGAUAGCAUGCAAAAUCAACAAAACACAUUCACGCGCGCGCGCGCGCGCGGGCGGAUACGAUCACGAUCAUCAAGUGUGCGUGUUUGAAAUAGUUGUGCGAAACUACACGUCGUCGUACAAUGCACAGAGAAUGUGUGAUGGUUAUUAUACAACACAGAAGAGCAGUGGUGACAAAUCGCGAUCCCGAUCCCGAUUGAGUGCGCAUAUGACCGAUCGAAUUUUGAGAGCCACACGACGGCUGCUAAUCAUGCCGGGGAUUGCGGCGUCGUUAUUUGUGUGUUCGUGACUGUGUGACUGGCACAAGGCAUAGGCUAGGCGCGUGCGAAAUGAUAAUGGACGACGGAGUAUGUGCAUUUCAUUCUCGAGAUAUUCUCGAGCAGUCGGCAGAAUGCUUUUUCGUUAGGUUAGUACGGCUUUUCGGAAAGAACUUCACGAUCUAAACAACACCCUUAUCACCCGAUAGAAGCGUUUUAAGAAUUCGCGUGCUUUCUCCGGAAAUGGAUGCUCCUGUUUUUGUUGUUCACCAGCCGGCUUUAUGCUACCUUCUCUCGCGCUGGACAUCAUCUUUUACACAUGCUUGCCUCUUCUCCGUUAGGUUGAUAUGGUGGUUUUGCAUUCAGCGUAUCUUGAUUGCGUUUGCGUUUAAGAGUUGUUCAUAUUUCAUCCAACAGCUGGUGAAGACGGUUCGUUUUGAUCCCGCACAAAGCAAGAAGAACCCACAGAAGGACUAGUACCAUGUACCGACAGAUGCUAUUUAUUAUUGCAACAAGUUCCGCGUUACGUUUCUCACCGUGCUUUAGUUUUGUUGUUUGCCGUAGAUCGGUUUGAAGUUAGUUUGAAUGCAACAGGAGGAGAAGUAGGCCGAGCAAAGUGCAGAUGUACACACACAACCCCCACACAUACACGGCAUUCUUGUGAGAGAGAGAAAAAAAGGUGUGGUAAAGCGGGAAGAUAGAACUCCGCAUCGGAAGACAAAGAAAAACAGGGGGAGGGGGUGGGAAAGUGAGAAUAAAAAGCACAGACAAAAAAAACAAAGAAGCAGUGAAACCAGAUGUUUUUAGGGUGAAGAGUGUGGUUAGGGUGCGUGGUAGCGAGGGGGGAGUUAGAAGGAGCGAGAACGAGAACAGGUACGAACGAACCACAGCACCAGAGGAACGUUCAAAUUGUACAUAUAGCCCAAGGAAAGCGAGUAGCCCUCCUCGAACACACACACACACACUCGGAUAAAAGCGGAAAGAGAACUAAAGGAAACAAGCGCGUGCUCGUUUGUAAGAGAAAAAUAUUGAAUUUAUGAACCUGUAAUAAAUCUAAAAGGUAAAAAGAAAAAUAUGAAAAAUAAAAAGGAAACGCCACAUCCUCUAUUAAUUACAAA